AUGGCCGGAUUUUUGGAUACUGCCGUCCCUGUCUGGGAUGCCGCAUCAGUAUACGCGGAUCAUCCAGAUGAUAACCAGGAUAUGCUGGUGAAAAACGUAAAGUUAGCAUCCGCACUUGCCGGAUCACUAGGUGACGGUGCUCAAGGCAUGCUCAAGCAUCCCGUGGUAUUGAUGCGCGGACAUGGCUUCGUGGCAACAUCAACUAGCCUCGAAAUGGUGAUUUUAAAUAGCGUCUACACGACUCAAAAUGCCAGAGUACAACGACAGGUACUCAGUCUGGGCAUUGAUGUCCAGGUUUUGACCGAGCGGGAGGCCCACGACACUGGCACAACAACGGGCCAAAGGGCUGUGAAGCCGUGGCCGCUUUGGGUGGCGGAGGUAUCCAAGUCAUCGUUGUACCAGAAUCUAAUGUAG